GGUCAGGAGGCCUUGUAAUAUACCAAAAGAAGAGAACCUUCACUCUGAGAACAAAAGCUGGAUUUCUUGGACUGACUGUUUUAUACACAUCUUGCUUUUGCUGAUUGAAUAGCUUUAGCAAGUUCUGAAUCAUGGAUUUAAACAUCAUAAGAACUGUUUUAAGAUAAGGCUUCUAUGUCCAUAGUUUGUCUAGGUGUAUGUGCCGAGGGCUAGGGACUCAUGUUAAUUAUCUUUCUUGAAUUAUCAGUUGUUAUAUUCUUUUUAUCUUCUUGAUUAUCUGUAGGUUUAAAUAAUUUUGCAUUUCAGGGACUAUGACCUAUAAUGGCCUUGAGAGUUGCAUUCAAAAUAAUCAAUCUUAUGAAAAUGAAAGUGGCACAAGCCAAGGAGAUAGGUGUAUGAGUGACUCCUCCAAUGAUGAUAAUGACUUGAGCUUUUCUUCUAGCAAAGAUGCUUUUGGAUCAUUUUCUUCUAAAUGGUUGACAAUGAAGAAGGAUGAACUCAGCUUGGAUGAUUGGGAGCUCUCAGAAAGUCCCCAACAUUUUUAUGUUAAAGCAAAACAACCUUAUACUAUUCAAUUUUCGGAUGUGGAGACAAUGAAUGAAAAAUUUGCGAAGCUGUUAUUAGGUGAAGAUUUAGCAGGAGGUUGUAAAGGCCUCACUACUGCAUUAGCAUUAUCCAAUGCUAUAACAAAUCUUGCAGCUUCAGUUUUUGGGGAACUGUGGAAAUUAGAGCCAUUGCCUGAACAAAGCAAGAACAAAUGGCGAAAAGAAAUGGAUUGGUUGCUCUCUCCUACAAACUAUAUGGUUGAGUUGGUUCCUACAAAGCAAAAUGGUGCCAAUGGCAAGACCGUGGAGUUGAUGUUGAUAUUGAAGCAGAUAAUGACUCCAAAAGCUCGUGCAGACAUCCAUGUGAAUCUUCCAGCACUUCAGAAGUUGGACUCCAUGCUUAUUACACUGGAUUCAAUGGUGAACACUGAGCUUUGGUUCACAGAAGUAGGCAGCCGAGCAGAAGGUGAGAGCAAAAGCAAAAAGCAGAGAAAGAGGUGGUGGCCACAAGUACCCAAAACUGGGCUUUCUGACUCAGACAGGAAGAAAUUGCUCUAUCAGAGUGUAUUGGUCUAUCAAGUCUUCAAGGCUGCUAAAUCUAUCAACGAAAAUAUAUUGCUUGAAAUGCCUGUACCAACCAUUAUCAGGGAUGCACUACCAAAAUCUGGAAAGGCAAACCUGGGCGAAGAAUUGUAUAAGAUCUUGGCUGCAGAUUCAAAAACAACUGAAGUAAAGCUCAGUUCUCUUAAUUUAAAAUCCGAACACGCUGCACUUGAGACCAUCAACAAAUUGGAAGCUGCCAUAUUUGCAUGGAAAGAGAAGGUUGCAGCACAAGUUAGUAGUAAAUUCCCUGUUCGAACAUCAUGGUCCUUCAUGUCAGAGUUUGACAAGAUAGAGUCACUUUUAGACAGAGCAGAAACCCUUCUGCGGCAAGUCAAGGCUCGAAGAUUUCUUGAAGCUAAAAAAAUCCAAUAUGGAAGGGAUGUUGGCCAUUCAACUCUGGAGGCAUACUCUCGAGUUCUUGGGAAUUUGGCUCUCAACAUAUUGAGUAGGAUAUGGGACAUUUUGCAGGAAGAAGCUUCAAGCAAUCAAAAUUCUCCUGCAACAAUGUGUUGCUUCCCAGGAAUAAAAGUAUCACGAAUUCUGGAUUCUCCAGUUCAUUUCCUUCACACACGACACACAUUUCUCUGUCAUAUGAAUAAGGUAGAUGGGAAGUACCGUGAAUCUGAUGCUAGUUAUUAUUCUGAUAAAGGAUUCUCUUACAGUGAAGCCAAAGCAAGGUCAGUAAAUGCAACACCAAGUAGAAGAAUGGUAUGGAGAAUUGGCAGAUAAGCUUGUAUAAGCAUGUCUUUAUGGCUUUAUACGAGUGAAAGUAUUUUUUGUUUUUUUACUAUAAAGUUCAAGAGGUUUUUAUAUGGCAGCUUAUGUAGAUGAUAUUAUCAUAUGAUUAAUGAAAUAUGAAGUGAUUAAUGUUGCCAGAA